AUGCGGCGGAUUCUGACAAUAAUUUUAUGCGUUUUACAAGUAGCAGUUUGUCCGCCGCCCCAGCGUCAACAGGCUCAAGCUGCUCAACAAGCCGAAUCUGCGGUCAGUUUUGUCGGAUUCAUUUUUCAAAUAAAGCUUAAAGUAACUUUUUUUGUUUCACUGUUUUUUUCUUUUUUUGAGAUUUCAGAGACGCAAAUCUGACAAGCUGCAAAAAGCACACUAAAAAAAAGCAUUUGACCUGAAUACUUUUAAAAUUUGAUAAAUAAGAUUUUUUUCAAUUUUCAACUUCGUGAAUUUAAAUUCCUUUUUCAGCCGCAACAAGUUCAUCCACAAGUACCGAACGAAAAUCCGCAGCAUGUAGACCAAUCACCACCAGACGACCGGAAGCCGGUUUUUUACUACAAAAUUUCAGAAUUUCUCAAUUUUUCUUUGGAGAUGUACGAGUUCACCUAUUCCAAAUAUUUGGAAGAGGUUGUGAAAAUUCUCGAAAGCGACCCGAAAUUCACCGAACGUUUGAAAGAGAUGAAAGAGGAGGAAAUUAAAGUAAAGCAUUCAUGAAAUUUCAAAGCAUGAUUGUAAAGGAAGGAAAAAAAUUGCUGACCACAUUGAUGACCUCGACCAGGGCGUUUUUUUGACCGUCUUCAUCAAGUAAAAAUACGCUGAAAUUGAGCGCCUGAGACAGCAAAUCUCCAAGCAAAUUGAGGUUUGAAAAUUCAAGUCUUUGUCUUAAUUUAGCCACUUUUAAUAAUUUAAAAAUCUUAUAAUUCAGAAAACAUUGGGCUUCAAAAUGGUACCUUACUUAACUCAGUAAAUUGAGAAAAAAAAAUGAAUUCCAAUGCGCUUUUUUCUAAAUCGCUUACGAAAACGUGUCAUCAAGUAUCGGAAUAGUUAGAAACAAAAGCUCCGCAAAAUGGCAUUUCUGCGUUUUUGUUAAGAAUAUUCCAGAAAAUUUUCAACGCAAAUAUGGAUGCUCAAGUCAAUGGUUUAGAAUGCGAAACUUUCGAUUUGAGUGUGUUUUAUUAGAAAUCAGGACUAUAUAAUCAAAGCUCAAUCUCUUAUUCUUCAGAAGAAAGUAUGAGUUUUUUAUGUGAAAUUUUAAGGCUGACGGUGGAGCGCACAACGUAAAAAUGCCAGAGCAUUUGGAUGUACAGAAUAUUGAGAAAUUCCACAAAGAAGAUCUACGCAAGUUGAUUCAGAAGGUUUGAUUUUCAUCAUUAUACGGUUCAAUUCUUUUUCUCAGACCGUUGCUGAUAUGAACGAGAUCGACGCUCAACGCAAGGAGCAGUUCAAAAACUAUGAGAUGCAGAAAAAAGCCGAGGAAGACCACAAACUAGCUCAGAUGAAUGCCCAGGUCAAUAUAAUUUAAUCAUAUAGUUCAAAAUAGUUAGCAAUGACUUCCAGGCUUUCACUAGAUAAAUGAUAGUUCUGAAAAACAAUGCUGGUUUCAGCUGAACUUCGAAUUUUUUUCAAUAAGAAACCAUAUCUCAUAUCUUUUGAACUCUUUUUCACAGUUUUGAGCAGAGAACCAAAAAAACUGUAUGUGUCGCAAAUAAUCUUCAUAAUUUCUGAGUUAAAACUUUAUUCUUAUAGGAAAAAAAAAUUUUUUUUAUACUCAAAUUUCAGGAGCGGGAAAAAAAGCUCAACAUGAAGCUGAGGAAGCUAAAAAGCGUCAUAACGAACAUGAGAAAUUGAAGCACCCUGGUAGCCGAGAUCAACUGGAAGAAGUUUGGGAAGAAAGCGAUCAUGUCAGUGAUUUUUGAAACACUUCUUCCAAAAAAAAACAUUUGUGUUUCAGCUGGACAAGGACUCUUUCAAUCCCCGCACCUUUUUCGCCCUUCACGAUUUGAAUGGCGACGGUUAUUGGAAUGACAUCGAGUUGGAAGCUCUUUUCCAGUUGGAGCUUGAAAAAAUGUACAACGAUACUAAUCCCGACGAUGAUCCGCGAGAACGGUUUAAAUUUGUAAAACUCAACAAAAGAUUAACAUGUUUCUGACUUCCAAGAAAAAGGUAGAGAAAAACUAGAUUUCCGAGAAAAAAAUCACAAAGUUGAAUAUGAAACACAAAGACCGCAUUUUCUUCUCAUAAUGACCUCUUGUUAUUCCUCCUCAGCUACUCAAAAAAAAAAAAACACAAAUACGAAUAUACCACGAAUGACGGUUACUACAGAAUGGAAGAAAUGUAUCGAAUGAGAGAGCACGUUUCAAAGCAAAUGGACAAAAACGGCGACCGUUUGAUUUCUUUGGAGGAGUUCCUCCAAGAUACUGAAGCUCAAACUCCCGAAAAGGAUGAAGGUUGGAAGGACCUCGGACAGCAACAAGUGAAUCAAUCCAACUGUUUUUAGUCGGAAAAUCAAGUUUCAGGUUUACACCGAUGAGGAGUUGCAGGCUUUUGAGAAGGAGUACGCUCAACAACAAGGUUUUCAUUCUUGGGUUACGGUGUUGAUUCCACAGAUUUUGAUUUUCACUAUCAUUUAUCAUAGUAACCCCACUCGACUAUUUUUCUCUAACUUUUUUGAGUAUUCUAUAAACGAAAACCAAUCAAAAUGUAGGAUGGGGUGACGACGCUUAUAAGGCAGUAACGGUGCAACCUGUAGUGCCUUCAGAACAUCCGCAGCCAGUUCAUCAACAGGUUCCAGUGGCUUCUCAGCAUCAACAGGUGAGUGUUUGGAUCUGAAAUAAGAAAAUUCUGAAAUGAGAGAAAAGAAAUUUAAAAAACAUCCGAAUGGUAAAUCAAAAACGUGUGCUUGCAUUGAAUCGAAACAUUGAUUUGAUGUUUUCAGCCUCCACAACAGCAACAUCAACAACAACAUCCACAGCAACAACAACAGCAUCCUGCACAGCCUGUAGUUCCACAGCAGCCAGUUCGUUUUUAAAUAUUAACCUUUAGGUUUUUUUGAACUGUUAAAUUGAACAAUCUUUGUUUCAAUAUAAAUUAUAGCAUCUUGAAAAACCUCCACAGUUUUUGAUUUAUUGUUUUUUUAAAAUUGAACUUUCAGCAUGGAUCGGUUCCGGUGCAGCCACAUCAACCUAUCGCUGAUCUACCCAAAGAUCCGUCCUAUGGAAUUUGA